ACUUGUAAUGUAGACUGUAGUCCAUCUUAUUUAACUCCAAGUCACUCUUUUCCCUGUUAUUCUUUAAAGGUCUUUGAAGUUCAAGAAAAAAUGGCUAAGGUAUUUGGGAUUUUUGCAUGCUUAGUGAUUGUGGCUUUAGAUGCUGUAGCUGGACUUCUUGGAAUUAAGGCCGAAGGAGCUCAAAACCAGGAGAAACACCUGAAGCUAUGGUUGUUCGAGUGUAAAGAGCCAAGCCAUGAUGCAUUUAUACUAGGUUUAGCUGCAGCAGGUCUAUUAGGAGCAGCUCAUAUUCUUGCCAAUCUCGUCGGAGGGUGCAGCCUCUACUGUACAAGUGAUGAGAUUCAGAAAGCUCCCCCAAGCAGACAAUUAUCACUCGCUUGUCUUCUUUUCACUUGGAUUAUAUUCGCAGGAGGAAUGGGAAUGCUGGUGAUUGGGACAAUGGCAAACAACAGGUCGAGAGCUUCCUGUGGGUUUGGACAUCGUCAUUUUUUCUCCAUUGGUGGAAUUUUGUGUUUCGUACAUGCCAUUUUUUCUGUUGCCUAUUACGCCACAUCUACUAUGACUCUUGCAUAGUCCAAAACCACCAAUCUUAUUCCUCUCGAGGUGGAUUCAGAUUUUAAUUCUACAGGUUCAAGACUCGAGUUCUAACUACUGAAAGCUUCACAAUUCCUGUAUUUUCAGCAAUUCCAGUGGAUAUGACACAGAAAAAUCCAAGUCUAGGCUAAAAGUUAUGGAUUCAAAUGAACGCAUAUCAGUAGUGCUAGACCCGCCCUUGCUUCCUCUUGUGUUCUCCUCACAAUUUCUUGCUACAAAGUAACCUUACAGUUUACUCUACGAGGUUUUAAAUUUUUCACUUCUCUUUUUCUUUGUUUGAUCUUUUAGAGAUUGGUAAUAUGCUGAUAGAGUAACUGUCAUUUUGCGUAACUUUUGCUUAUAGAUCAUAGCUAUGACAACUACUUUCGGUUUGGAGAUAACUUAUUUUAUGGAUAAUCCAAAGUUGAUGAAGUGUUUUAGAUGA